AUGAAGAUUGUUGGUGAUCACCCAAGGUUCAAGUUUCACUCUAGAUGCAGAACAUUAAAGGUAAAUCACCUGUGUUUUGCUGAUGAUUUACUCAUGUUUUGCAAAGGGGAUAAGGAAGUGGUGCAUCUGAUGAUGGAUGGGUUUCUCUUAUUUUCUAAGACCACUGGUCUUGCUGUUAACUCUGCUAAGUCUUCCAUCUACUGUUGUGGCAUGAACGAUCAAAAGGUGGCUGAGAUCACCACUUUGACAGGUUUCAAACAUGGUUUGCUUCCUUUCAGAUACUUGGGUGUUUCUGUUAGCUCUUGCAAGCUCAAGGCUAGUGACUGUGAUCAAAUGGUAGACAAGAUGACAACUAGGAUUAAAUUAUGGAGUUCUAAACAUCUAUCUUUUGCUGGAAGAGCUCAACUCAUCAAUUCUGUUUUGAUAAGCAUCUGUGUCUACUGGUCACAAAUGUUCCUUUUCCCCAAAGCUGUCCUCAAGAGAAUCAAUGCCAUUUGCAGAGCUUUUCUGUGGUUUGGCACCUUUGACUGUGCUAAACCCGAUUCUGUAGCAUGGGAUCAGUUGUGUCAGCCCAAAACACAUGGUGGGUUAGGUUUUAGGAACUUGCUCCUCUGGAAUUAA